AGUCGGACCCAGACAUGAACCCGGCAAAAACCCAAACCCUUCUGCUGUUUUUUGCCGCCGAGAGAGAGAGAGAGAGAGAGAGAGAGAGAGAGAUGGGUAAAGUAGAGAAGGAGCAGUUGAAUCGGACUCUAACUGAACACCUCAACACCAUCCAUGAAACCUUUCAGGUGUUGGAUCAAAACCCUGCUUCAUCUCUUGAUAAAGUCGCCUGGAACGAGGUGAUUAAAUUGGGAGACCAAGUCUCCAAACAAGCUACUGUUGCUGGAAUGCUUUGGACUGGAGAAAGACCAGAAGUUAAAGAACUUGAGGAGAACAUGGGAACAUACUUCAAUAUGCUACAGGGUUUCCUUCUGCUUUCGCAUGGGACUAAAGUGGGUGCGGGACCUACACUUUAUUCUUGCAUACAUGCAUCUGUGAAGCAAGUAGUGGAUUGCAGUUUCAUGCUAUUUAAAGAAUCUGUUUCUUCCUACGGAUCUUCUUACAGAGACCGAAAACUCUCAAUCCCUCCAAUGGUGGGAACGGUAUGGGAUGCAUGCUCUGCCCUUAAGAAGACUCCUUCCACAAAUAUCACGGCAAUAGGGCGGGCAAUAACACAAGUUGCCGUUUCUGUGAAAGAUGUCCUUCGUGAGAUGAAGGAACUCAAGCCUGCUUCUGCCGAACCAAAAGAUGAAGAUUUUGAAGAGGCUUCAGUCAAAGACGACAGUGGGCCCCACGAUAGCGACGAUUCAUGUGGAGGUGAUCUGGGCAACGACCUUUCUCCUGAAGAGAUGAAAAUAGCUCAAUUGGCCGUUGGGGUUGUGUCUGAAACACUUGUAGUGAUAAAGGAACUUAUCCGUUUCAUUACGAGUUUGAAUAAGCAGGAAAACCCAGAUAACGGAAAUGAUUUUGUGAAUCCGCUGGAGACAUUGUUGAAGCUUUGCCAAGAAAGUGGACUACAGGUUGAUGAGUUUGGAGCUUGUCUUUACCCCCCUCAAGAGUUUUCUGCUAUGAAGACAGCCAUGGAGAAAAUAUCCAGCGUUAUUGAUGGAAUGCAGGUAGAGGUAAUUAGUCUUGAAGGCUCUUCCGAAGCAUUCUUUCAAGCAUGCACGGGUUUAAGGGAUUUGCUGAGAGAAAUGAAAUCCGAGCUAUGUUCUAGUAUUACUAGGCUACUGCCAGAGAUGCAGAACCUAGUUGUGAGCAACUAGGGAUAAUAUCAAGGAGGAAUGUAAGAAUGAAGAAUUGAAAGAGAAGGUUGUCUAGGUUUUUUUCACUAUUUUCUUGUUUGAGUAUAAAGGCGUAAUGGAUUGACGAGCAGUGUAAUUUUGUGGUCUAUUGUUAAUGAAUCCAAUUUCCCCAAUUUUCAGGCA